AGCCGAUCGUGGUACCUUCUCGGGCCCUGAUUCCUCCCUCCUUCCUAUUCGGAUAACUUCCUCGUCCUCUCUAACCAACCCAUCUUCGUCUCGAGCUUCCAGAUUUCCCUCACCUCGAAACUUCUAGAACCCUCAAUUUCUCCGAUCGGCGGCGAUCUAGAUGGGCCCAGCUACGCCGCCGGCCGACCCGAAAGACGAAUCUCCGCCGCCGGAGCCGCAGCGAGCCCUCCCGACGCCGUUCCUCGCCAAAACCUAUCAGAUGGUCGACGAUCCGAUCGUCGACGAUGUCAUCUCGUGGAACGAAGAUGGAUCCACCUUCGUCGUAUGGCGACCCGCAGAAUUCGCUCGCGAUCUACUUCCCAAAUACUUCAAACACAACAAUUUCUCCAGCUUCGUUCGACAGCUCAACACCUACGGGUUUAGAAAAAUUGUGCCGGAUCGAUGGGAGUUUGCGAACGAUUGCUUCAGGAGAGGAGAGAAGAGGAUGCUCUGCGAUAUUCAUAGGAGAAAGAUUAGUUUACCGGCUCCGGUUGCGGCGGCGGUUUCGCCGCCGGUGGCGGUGCCGGUGAACAGAACAGUAUCGCCGACGAACUCGGUGGAGGAGCAGGGUGAGCAGGUGAUAUCGUCAAACUCAUCGCCGCCGCCGCCGGGAAGUAUGACGGAGUUGGUGGAGGAGAACGAGAGGCUGAGGAAGGAGAACCGUAAGCUUGCUCACGAGCUAUCUAAGAUGAAAAAUCUGUGCAAUAACAUCUUUCUCUUGAUGUCGAAGUACGCCGGUCCUACACCGGAGGCGCUGGAGCUGAUGCCGGCGAGGCAGUUGUCGGAUGAGGCGGAGGAGGCGGAGGAGGCGGAGGAGGUCGGCGUGAAGACUGAGUCAUCCUCGCCGCCGCCGCCGCCGCCUCCAUCGUCCUCCGGUGCGGGAUCCUCGGCCUGGAAUUUCGACCCGAAUCCGAUGAUAUUUGGAGUUUCGAUUGGCCAGAAGAGAUGCCGGGAAGUCGAGGAUGACGAUGAGUUGCCGGCCCCGUUGCCGUCACCGGUGGUGAAGUUGGAACCGUUUGAACUAGAAUCUUAUCAACUGAGGUUUCCGGCGCCGCCCGCUUCGCCUGCGGUGGAGGUGUCGGAGCGGAAGCCAUGGGUGGUAUACUGCACGCGACCGGCGGGCCGGCGGCGGAGAGGAAGAUAG